AACCGACAUUUCAACUAUUUUGACAACUUUUUUUGCUGCCUGCCAGCUUCUUUGCAGAACAAUCGACCCGGAAAAGUGAAUCUGUUGGCGAGGCUUCCGCAAUCCUUCCGCAAACAAUAGUGAAGCAAGAUGGAAAAUAUAUAUUGUCCAAGAACGGAGAAAGUGAUAUCCGUAUGGGAUGCGUUGGCUGAAUUCCAGAACGAACUGCAUCCUGAACGUCUGGACAGGAUAGUUGAGUCCGAUCACGAUAUAAUGGAAGCGAUGGGUCUGGACGGCAAUAUUGCAGAGUUCGAUAAGCUGCUGGAAUCGGUGGACGUGGGCCAACUGUCCAGCUCGAAAGAUGUACCCGUGAGAACGUUUCUCCCGCACAAGGUAUGCUCGAGGCCGAAACCUGCGGAAACGCCGGCUAAAGCCGCCCGCUUCAAUUGUGUGCAAAGGGUAACCGCUCGCAAAAGUGUGAAAGAUCAGCGCAAUAUAGACGUGAAGCUGCGAUACAACCGGCACAAAUACAUGGAGCGAAAGCAGGACUUGGAAACGCGCAAGGAUUUGACACCGUUCCGCGAAAUGGUGCUGGUUGUACGGUUCUACGAGCCCUUCAAAUACAAAGCAGGACGACGAUUGGGCCACCCAAAGUUUAGUCAAGAGUAUUACGUGCUUAGUUCACAGUAUUUGACAGAACUGAAGGACAAGAUAUUUUGCCACUGCGAUGCGGGGCCGUUCUAUGAGAUAAGCGGGGAUAGAACAGCGGAACCGACCGAGAAGCCACCGAAAUCGGGAUUCUUUUUCGUCCACGACACGUUCUACAAUGAUUUCCGGGAUGAUGCAAAUCAUGACUACUCGGGGGUGAUCCGGAAGUGGGCCGAUCGACAAUCUUUGAUCGGAGAGCUGAAGACGGCACGAAUGGAAGAUACACGCUUUGGAGAUUUGAAAUUUCGCUUGGGAUAUCCACAGAUGUAUCAGCACCAAGGAAAUUGCGAGCAUCUGUUCGUGAUAAGCGAUUGUCGAUUGUUGGCGGCGACAGACAUUCUGACGCGAUCCCGAUAUCCGUGGCUGAACUCUUACGGAUUUUCUCGAGAUGUCCCUUGCAACAUCUGUGGCCACUGUCAGGCGCAAUAUAUUGUACAGAACAGCACUCGACACAUCUUCGAUCCUGCCUACAUUUGUGAAAAUUGCCUCGAGACGUAUCAUUACACUGAGGAUGGAGAGAAAAUAGGAGACUUCGAGCUGCACCGGUACACCCUCACGAUGGUUCGUACUGACGAGGACGCAGACAGCGAGGAAGCAUCUACUUCACAAUAAA